GGGAGGAAAGAAGAGAUGAAAUAAUACCACGCACAUCAUCCACGGUAUCGCCUUUGCCUACCGUUAACCUUCCACAACUACCAUUAGCUACCUUCGAUGGUGAUCUUAAAGGCUGGAGACAAUUUUGGAGUAAUUUCGAAGUUGCAGUGCACAAUCAAAACAUCCCAGACAUUCAGAAAUUGAAUUAUCUGAUAUCAAGUCUAAAAGGGAAUGCAUUAUUAGCCGUAGAAGGAUUUGACAUUGUUCCGGAAAACUACUCUGUUGUAAGAAGUUUACUACUCGAGAAAUGUGGUAACUCUCACAUAAUAAAAAAGGCAUUUUAUUAUAGAGCUUACUCUAUGAAAAGAAACGAUAAAGAAUGGAAGACAACUAUUGAUGUGAUGGAGAGGAUCUUAAGACAGUUAGAAGCCUUAGGUAACAAUCUGGAGCAUCCAAGUAUCGACAGUACCAAGUUGUCUGCCCGGAUAUUGGAUCGAGUACUUCAGGCUAAGGCACAGGCAAAAAGAUGGUAUACAAAAACAACCUAA